GAGAAAUUGAACAAGUAUUUAAAAACGGAUGGAGUAAUUCUUAAUUUGACAUCUUACCAACAGCUAGACUAUAUAUACGAAGUACGGAGUAUAAAGCAUUGAUAAGGCGCUAAACAAUACGCACAGAAAAUACAGAAGAAAGCUUUCUCUUCAUUCUGUUGUUGAAUCUAGCAUACUUCCAUUGAAGCAGCUUUUGAGAGCAGGAAUUGCUUGGUGUAGGAGCUCGAGACCAUGCAGUGCAAUACAACUUAUACUACUGUAUGGGAUGUUCAAAAUCACAAUGUUAGUCAAGUGUUGGUAGAUAGGCUCACCAGUUUGCCUGAUGAAUUGUUAAUUCGGAUCCUUUCUUUGCUUCCCACCAAGGAUGCUGCCGCUACUUCUGUCUUGUCUAGGAGAUUGAGGCGUGUUUUCCCUUUGCUUACAAGCCUUGACUUGGAUAUUUCACCUAUAUCUCUUUGUUUGGAACAUCCCUAUGCAAUUGAACGUUUCCCCACUUUUGUGAGCUUUGUCGAUACUUUACUCCAAGCACAUCAAUCUCAGUAUCUCACCAAGUUUAGACUUCAUGUUAACACUGCGGACUUUGAUACAACCUACUUUAAGUAUAAUGGUUGCACUGUUAUUGGGUGUAAGCAAGGUUGUCUCCCUCACUUGAAAUCUCCGGGACUUUAUACGUGGAUCUCUUAUCCAUUGAACCUUUGCGGCCUUAGGGAGCUUGACCUCCGCAUUCUGGUGAGGGAACCAGGUGAUUCCCAGCUGCCCCCGGCUAUUUUCACAUGUGAAACGUUGGAGACGUUGAAGCUCGAGGUCAAUCUUGGUCUUGAUCAAGUUUUUACCAUGCCAUCUUAUCGUCUUCCAAACUUGAAACUGCUUCUCUUCUCUUCGCUUUCUCUUUCUGAGGAUGGCUUUCUGCCGAGGCUAGUUUCAAGCUGUCCUGUACUUGAAGACCUUACAUUCAAACCCUGUACCAACCAUGUCAACAUCACAGCUAUAACAUCGACAUCCCUUCGAAGAUUGUGUUUAAUAAUGAUUAAAUGGCCUGAUUUUCAAGAAGAUAACAGUGACUUUGUGCUUAUCAAUACUCCCAAUUUGGAGCUCCUUGAAUACCGUGAUAAUUUAGCUAAAUGUUACUCAAUCCCAGCAAUGCAUUGUCUUGUUAAAGCAGUUUUGCGGAUAGAGAGUCUCUUAAAAUUUGAGGAAUCUGUACCAAUGAUUGAGGUAAUGCUUAGCCUCGUUAGACCCUUGUCUUAUGCUCAACAUUUAUCGUUGUGCAGCUUUAUAGUACAGGAGUUCGACUAUGUUGAUGAAAAGGUCUUAAAGGAUCAACUGCCCGUGUUUCCUAAUCUGACACAUCUAGAGCUGGGUGGUGGCGGUACUGAUAAUUACUGGAAUAAACUGUUGUUGCCCCUUCUCAUUUCUCAACUGUUCACCUGUCUUAGAAACACUUGUUUUCACAGAGGGACUCACUAUGUAUUACAGUGCCGAACACUCUACGUAUCGCCUCAAAAGAGUAGUGAUAAAGGAAUACUAUGGAUUAGGACGGGAAGUAGGAAUGAUCCAGUUUCUCCUGAGACAUGCAUUAGUUUUGGAGGAACUGGUCAUAUGCUUAUCACAAUAUCGAACUCCAAAUCAGAUGCAACCUGCCAACCUGUAUUGAAGCGUAUUACUUCAGAAAGUAAGAUGGUGUCGCUGGAAGGAGGAGGUGAUGCAGAUGGUGGUGACAUGGUGGAAUUGGUGGUGUCGGUGGAAGGAAGCUUCAAUGGAUUAUUAAUUGCCUAUUUUGAUGACUUAGCAGGGACUAAGCAUAGAUUGACAAAAUUUGUUGAUCUAAUAGAUCAACUGGGACUCCCCCAACCCGAACUUGCAUGA